AUGGUUCCCAUCAUAAAUCUCCCGGCCACAGGCGCUGAAGCCCGCAUCGCCGCCCGCAACAACACCUACACGACGUCGACGUCGGGCAUCGCCAACACCUUCCUCCAAGCCAAUCUCAUUGUGCUCCCCUCCCGCUUUGCCAGCGACUUCCGACUCCUCUGCCUCCGGAAUCCCGUGCCCUGUCCUCUCCUCGCCGAAUCAGCCCGCGUCGGCUGCUUUGAUGAGCUGAAGUCCUGGCUUCCGGGUAUUGAGGAUUCACGCAUCGCCGCAGGCAUCGACAUCCGCCGCGAUGCGCCGCGAUACAUGGUUUAUGAGGAUGGCGAGCUGAAGAAGUUCCAAUGUGCAGAUAUCGUCGAAGAGUGGAGCGAGGACCAUGUCGCGUUCCUCAUCGGCUGCUCGUACUCUUUUGAAAACGCCCUCACGGCAGCAGGUCUGCCUCCGCGGCAUGCGGUGAUGGGCCGGAAUGUGCCGAUGUAUAGGACGAGGUUGCCGUUAUGUCCGGCUGGCAUCUUCACCGGCGCCACCUAUGUCGUCUCGAUGAGGAUGUAUAAGAGGAGCGAAGUCGAAACGGUGCGUGAUGUGACGAGGCCAUAUGUGGCUACGCAUGGCGAGCCGAUUGCAUGGGGCUGGGAGGCUGUGAAGGAGUUGGGGAUUGAAGAUAUACAUGUACCGGAGUGGGGAGAUGCGCCUUUGACGCUGGAGGGGAAGCAUCUGUCCGAGGAGGACAAAGACAUGGUGCCUGUCUUUUGGGGGUGCGGAGUCACGCCGCAGGAGGCAGUCAUGAAGGCGAAGUUACCAGGUGUCGUCUUGGGCCAUGCACCAGGCCAUAUGAUCGUCGUGGAUGUUAGGGAAUGGGAGGUUUUAGAGGAGAAGAAUCCGAACUGA